UUUAGUUUGUUCUCGGUCGCGGUGAGUAACGGGCUCACGUGUAAGCGCUGCGUCUAGGUCGUUCGCGUUUCUUGCGGGUCUUCCGCGAUACUUGCGCCUUCGAUCUUUGAACCCUUGGGAAGACGAGCCUCAAGACGGCUCUACAUCCGUGAUUUUCGACCGUCCGCCUUGCAACUAGUCACGUUCGCCCAGGCGAAGGGAAACUUUGAUCGAACUCGAUAAAUCUGGCCCAGUAGCAUGCCCAGCUAACGAAUCCUGCGGAGUGAACGAUCGCGAUACGUUCGGCCGGAGGAAGAUUUCCCGGAGAAAUGUGAUAGAAGCGGCAACGGAAGUUCGUCGUUCGUUGUUUCAAGUGUGAUACAGUCGGGAUGGCUCUGUCGAUCUGGUUGGUGGCCGUCGCCGCGCUUUUCGGCUACGCCCGGGCGCUCGAAGGACCCAACAUCUGCACCAGGAUAGAAACAUACAAAGUCACGGUGAGGAUAUCGGAGCAGAAGCCGUACACGAUAAGGGAGAACACUUGGUGCUUCAGUUUCCCGCCGAGAUGCUCCAAAUACAAAGUUGUGUUCAAGACGAUCUACAAAGAGCAGGAAUUAACGAAGCAGAGGCCGGUGGAAGAGUGUUGCAAAGGCUACACGCAAACGAAUACCGGCGAUCGCUGCAUUCCAGUUUGCUCCAAGGACUGCGUUUAUGGCACCUGCAUCGCUCCGGACGCUUGCAAGUGCGAGUCGGGAUACGGAGGGCCGUUGUGCGAUUUCAAAUGUCCUCCUGGAAAGUGGGGCAAAUCAUGCGAGAUGGAGUGCAUGUGCAGGAACGGAGCCACUUGCGACCCAUUCGAUGGCAAGUGUAUGUGCACCAGGGGAUGGACUGGUGCCUAUUGUGACCAGAAGUGUCCUCCAGAUCGAUAUGGCCAGGACUGUAGCGAGGAGUGUCGCUGCUGGAACGGUGGCAGCUGUCAUCACAUUUCUGGGGAGUGUCAUUGUGCUCCUGGCUACACCGGACCUCUUUGUGACGACUUGUGUCCACCUGGAAAGCAUGGCGACGAGUGCAAGUCAGAGUGCAAGUGCCAAAACGGUGGCUCCUGUAAUCCUACCACUGGAGAAUGCUACUGUACUCCUGGCUGGAUUGGUUCAGUCUGUGCGAACAGGUGCCCGGAGGGCUUCUGGGGAAAGAAUUGUUCUGUGCCUUGUGACUGUUACAACGAAGCUGGGUGUCAUCAUAUCACAGGAAUGUGUGAAUGUAAACGUGGUUAUUACGGCGAAAAGUGCUUGAACAUAUGCCCCGAGGGAACGUUUGGCUUAAAUUGCACUAAUAAUUGUACCUGUGAGAAUGGUGCAGCGUGUUCUCCAGUCGACGGGUUUUGCACGUGUAGUCCAGGCUGGACUGGCGAACGUUGCAAUAAACGAGUCUGCGAGGAUGGAUACUGGGGUCUCAAUUGUGCGAAAGUUUGCGUGUGCGAGAACAAUAACACGGAACUCUGUCACCCUUGGACUGGAAAGUGCAUUUGCAAGGCAGGAUGGGACGGCGACACCUGCGCCAGGCCUUGCCCGUUUUACACUUACGGCGAAGGCUGCCAAAAUCGCUGCAAUUGCAAGAAUAACGCGCAAUGCUCACCCAUAAACGGAACCUGUAUUUGUGCACCAGGAUACAGAGGUGAGGAUUGUAGUGAACUAUGCCCUGUCAACACUUUCGGGGAGAACUGCGCGCAAAAGUGCGCCUGUAAGAACGGCGCUACUUGCUCACCUGAGAAUGGACGGUGCAACUGUACAGCAGGAUGGGUUGGUGUUUCGUGUGAUCGCCCCUGCGACAACAAAUCAUUUGGCAAGGACUGCGAGGGUAAAUGCAAUUGCUUUAACAAUGCCGCGUGCAACCCGCAAAAUGGCACAUGCACGUGUGCAGUUGGUUUCACCGGCGAAUAUUGCCAGGAUCGUUGCAAUGAAGGAUUCUUUGGUCACGGAUGUACUCAGGUCUGUGAUUGCUACGAAGAGAAUAGCUUAGAUUGCGAACCUACUACAGGCCGUUGCAUAUGCAAGCCAGAGUGGCGAGGAAUCCGUUGCGAGACAAAGUGUCCGGAAGGUCUUUACGGUGAAGACUGUCAUUCACACUGCGAAUGCAUGAAUAAUAGUUCAUGUGAUCCAAAUACAGGCACCUGUAUUUGUGCUAGAGGUUGGGAAGGCGACGACUGCUCCCAACCCUGCAAGGAAGGCUGGUACGGUGUGCGCUGCAAAGAGAGGUGCCCAGAGAAAAUGCAAGGUAACAUGACCUGCGACCACGUUACUGGCGAGUACGUCUGUCGUCCUGGAUAUUUGGGCUUAACGUGUGAACAUCCCUGCCCACCUAAUUAUUACGGUCUAAACUGUGCUAAUCGUUGUCGUUGCAAAAAUGGUGGAGAAUGUCAUCAUGUAACAGGUGUGUGUCAGUGUCGACCUGGCUGGCACGGGGAAUUCUGUCAAACACCUUGCCCAGAGGGAACAUAUGGCAUAAACUGCACUCAACACUGUACAUGUCAACACGGUGGCAAGUGCAGGUCUAAUGAUGGUCACUGUCGUUGUGCUCCUGGUUGGAUUGGUACAAAAUGUACCGAGCCCUGCCCAGAAGGGUACUAUGGGGAUCAUUGCAUGGAACCCUGUGAGUGCAAGAGUGACUUCUUCCUGUGUCAACCUAUCAAGGGAUGCGUUUGUAGAAAUGGAUAUGGAGGCCCGAAUUGCGACGAAGAACUAUAUUUGAGUAACGUUCAACAGAAAGACGAGGCAGGAUAUGGCAGUAUAGUCGCAGGAUUCUUAUUCGCUGCAGGCGUAGUUGUCGCUAUGGUAUUAGCUGGUUGGAUGUACCAUAGGCGGAGAGUAAGAGAUCUGAAGAAUGAAAUUGCUCAAGUGCAAUAUAUUGCUGAUCCACCGUCUCCUCCGGAGCAAACUCAAUUCGACAAUCCUGUGUACGCGUACCAGGGAUCCUCAAAAUUCGAUGAUGGAACGACUAGUUUAUUGAAUAAUUUCCAGUUCAGAAAUAAUCUUGGAACAAGUAAAAAGGUAAACAAUGAGAAGGUCAUGCUCGGCUUCAACAGCUGUAUGGACGAGGAUGAUGAUUCUAAAGGCUCAUAUAAUCGAUAUGACCUUAAAAAUAGAGAUGCGGAUAUGGGUAAUCCUAAUCUCAACGUGUACCACAGUAUUGAUGAAAUGGACGGGAAGAAGGUAGAGCAUGUUUACGACGAAAUAAAACAGAAUAACGAUGAAUCGGAAUACGACCAGUUGGACAAUCCGAGACCAGUCAGCAGUUACAAACAGUUCAACCGAAUGCCUAACGGUGGUAUCCCUUUGAAUUCCUCCGAUAACGCGGGACCUAGCAAGAUAAAAGAGAAGGAUCCAGAAGUAGGGGAAACUUAAAAUCUCGUUGCUACUCGUGGAUGCAAGUUAAGUUCUACGUUUUAAUUUCCAAAUAUGUGUCUUCAAUGUGAUUUAAAGGAGCAAGUCGUGAAAAAUACUUGCUUGUACUUUCUGGCACGCCGGUGCCUUUCGCUUCCCAUUUCGAGAAUAGACUUUACGAGUUGUUAAUUGUAAAUUUAAAAAGAAGAAAAAUUUCUGAAAGCUGAAUCUAAAUUUCCAUAUAGAAGAGUGUAGAUGUACUCUGAUUGCUCAGUAUGUGCUUGUACAUAGUUAGAAGAUACAGGAUGGAUAUAGUUAAAUGAAUAUUUUAUUUAUGAAAUCCAUAUACUCAUAGUAAUUGUUCACAUUUAGUGGCUUGGACAGCCCUUUUUAUAACACGACAUUUAUUAAUAUUUGAAGCAAUAUUAUCAUAUUAGAUGAAUAAUGUGCAUUGUGUAGAUAUAAAGAGAUCGGCCUUGUAACAAUACAUUCGGAAAUGAAUUGAAAAAUAUCUCUGUUAUUGUGAUUGUAUAAUUUAUCUAUAUUUGAGAGUAAAGGUAAAAGUCUACAUAAAGUUCGGAAUACUCAUCUGUAAAAUCGAGAGCAAUUGUUAUGAAUGACGUGAAACGAUUUGUCGAAACGUACAUACAUAUCUCUGUAGUUAAUUGGUAAGGAUAGGAUAGAAGAUCUAGUAUUUUAAGUAAUUUAAUUCGAAUCCUCUUUAAUGUUGAGAAAAUGAAAAUCAUCGUUUGAGAGUAUACGAUCUAAAUAGUAUCAGCAAUAAAGUUUUAUCUUCGUGCAUUUUAAUGAAUCUUCGAAUAUCAACAUUUGUACAUAUUCACUGCAAACGAAGUGAUAAAAGUGUUAAUAUUUUGUCUAGAAUGUAUUAUUAUAUUUAUAAUUAUACAUAUAUACAUAUAUAAGAGAACUCCGUAGAGAUCAUUUUAAGAUACUAUUGUAAGAUGCAAUCAUGUUUAUCCUUUUUAUAUUAAAUAAGAUUCGAAACCUAUUUUUUAAUUUCUACGAAAUAUCUAUUUUUACGACUUUAUAUGUACUAUUUUUAUUUCUUAGAUGGAUCCGUGAAAAUAGAUUGUUGUGAUCGAUUGUAACGUAUACGUAUACAUAUACAGACACAUGUACAUACUAUUAAAUUAAGAUGUAAUGUAAAAUCCACGUUUUUGUAAUACUGCGUUGUAGAAUUUUGCGUGAAUUACGUCUCAGACCUGCUCGUACUGUUUGACACGUGAGACGGUCUAGAUCCCGCGGCUUUCAUUAAAUUCAGAACAGGCAACGCAAGCCAAUAAAGCCCACCGAGAAAUAGCAAAACCGAUGUAAUGUUCAUGCAAAAGUUUACACCUGUAAUCAGAAAAUCGUUUCGUUUACUCUUCGAUUUAGAAUUGGAUCUUUCGUUUCGCUCUUUUCCAGAAUAAAGUUUUGUUACAACGACUCACUGUGUAUGGAACUGAAGAUUAGUAUACAUAGACCGACAAUCGUCGAGAACCCCUUAUUAACCGAACGCAUUAUUUCAACGCCAAGAAUGUCGUACAAAGCCAGAUCCUGACAGCUCGUUAAACUACCUAUACCGAUACCACCUAAGAAAGCCCAAAUCAUAAUCAAUAUAGGUCGUCUCGUGUACGUUAAACCUGUAAAUAAACAACGUUCAUUUCUGUGAUUCGCAUAAAUAAAG